CGGCUGCAGUCGCUCAUUGCCCUUUUUUCGAGGUGGCUUGCUCGAAGAUUUGGUCGCAUUUCGCUAAGAUCACCUUGCGGACAUCCACUCCCCCUAUCGCACGGGGUGAUCAGUCCGCUAUGGCGCCGGACAGUCAACAAUAGCCUUGAAGAAUGUCUCAUUGUUUGAAUAACUGCUGUUUCUCCUUCUUUCGCAUUUGAGUACCAAGUCUUGACACCAGAACUAUAGCGAUCACAACCAGUGUGUCUCGUAGUACCAACCCCGCAUCGCAGCGACCUGUUUCACUGCACUAGGCCCUGCGUCGGCGGCCCAGAAAACCCCAGCAGACCUUAACCGUCAGGAUGGCAACACAACAAUCCUGGGCGGCCUGGCUGCUGGACUCGUAUGCCUCAUCAGUCUCCCCCGUCACCUCAGACUCUCCAUACCGUCACCACGACGACUCGCAUUCGAUAUCCGACUCCUCACAUGCCACGUCUCCCUCGAGAUCGAACUCUCUGAGCCCCAUGUCCUCGAUUUCCAACUCCUCCGCCUACGGGCCAUAUGUGCGCACCGGCCGCGGCGGGGCAGGCAACUUCACAUGGCAGACGGAUCUCAAACCCGCAAAGUCAUCGGAUCUUGACCUCGAAGCCCAGAGUAUCAAGCAGACCUCCCUGUCCGAUCGUCGCAAAGCGGCCGCGAAGCUGGAGAACAUCAAUACCGACAAAGCAGUGAACAAACACGCGCGCCAAUCUUCUGCGCAGUUCUUAUCCGUCGGUCGCGGCGGCGCAGGGAAUUACACAUUGACCAACGAGAUCGCGCCACCGAAACGAAGUCCAAGUCUACCCGUGAGCCUGAGUGCGAGUGGCAGUAGAAAUCCCAGCCCGACAAAUUUGUACUUUGUGCAUCCCGGACGAGGAGGCGCAGGAAACUACGCCAAUGCCGCUGACGUGGGUACGCGCAAUGAAUCGGAGAAGGAGCAGGAAGAACGCCUAGCCGCCGAACAGAGAAGAGAUCAAAUCGCGGAAGAGGUUGAUGGGUUAUUGCAGCCACCGCCCGGGGCGUGGCUCGGUGGAAGAAGGAAGAGCGAGAUUAUGGAUGAAGCGGUGUGAAAAGGGAUCACGAAAGUUAUUGCUGAAAAGGCAUAACAACAGAGCGCCCGUUAUGAAGCCAUGGUACAGCCAAUGCAGCAGGCGUAUCAGAAACUGAUGGGGUGUCCUCCUAAAGCCCAUAUUUGCGGUUGCAGGUUUGGCUCAAUCUCUGUUCUGCACCUCGAGCUGCACAUCCAGCGCAUCCCCAGUGUUGACUGGACACAUCAGCUACUGCAGCGACGGCCGUCCAACAGUUUCAGUGGUGUCCCGCAUGAUUUGAACUCAUCAAUGAGGGAAACGCCCCAGUCAAGCUCUUUCGACGGCCGAUAACCGGGUCUCAUCUUACUUCGCUACUCUAGGAAUGUCCUUUCACGCAUGCUCGGGACAAGACGCAAACAUGGAUGAGUUCAAGUCUUCUCCAGGAGACUUUGGCAUAGGCCAUUGAGCAGAUUCGGCUUGAAUGCAUCGCACCACGCAACAGCUAGCGACGACUGCGUUUCCACGCGUCCCAGCUCGAUAUCAAACUGGUUAUGGAGCUCAUUCGGACUGGGGAUAGUCCCAGAUCUUCCAUACCGGCCUACAUUACGUUCAGCAGAGCCGAAGGACGAGGAAACAUGGCAAUAUACAGUCCACCACGCUCCAUGUGCAGAGCCAUUCAGCAUGCUUUGGCCCGACGGCACCAACCUGCCCCCCAUGGCUGUGGCUGACGGGACGAGAAGAAUAGUAAAGACUUGCGCAAGACCAUCUACCUUUGGCCACUGCUAGUUGGUCCCUUGUGCUUCUAGAACUACGAGGGUUCUUGCCAUAACGGAAGAUUGUGUGAUAACCAGCAUCGAAGGUGAAGGCUCCGAGCUGCUCAGGAACAAGCUUGACUUCCCGUCGAGCCCUUUACCACCUCGUGCAUUACCAGAAUUCCAUUCUACCUUGCUUGGAGUUACUCCAUAUGCCGUGGAAGAAAUCGAAAAGGUACACAGGGCCGUUGAUUCGGAUCUCCUGACGAGGAACUCAUUUCCAUCGAUUCCGUGAAGAUGGAACGGUGGAGAUCUCUGACUUGUACUUGCAAUACUAGCGAUGAAUGGACCAGGUUACAGCCGAGUCUUCCAGAUAGCUCGACGCAGAAUCACUUCCUUGCCUUUAAUUUCGCAGAG